UGCCCCUCUACCUGCGGAACUGUUCUCUUCCGUAAGAAACAGGAAACGUACGGAGUCUGCGCUGCACACACCGGAUAUGCCCUGUUGAAGUCACAUUGAAGAAGAAAUUCCCGGUCACUGCAUAAACCGGAUGAAUGCUCACAUGAUACAUUCCUAAUGACAUCGUAAUUUAGAUGAAUUUUUACGAUGUGGGCUUCAAGAGUUGUUCCUUACCUCGGUCGCAGGGCCAGUUGUGUACUUCAGACAUAUGGAAAAACCUUGACAGGACGUGUCCCUCAAACCUUUCCCGCCACAUGCUUCUCAGUUCAACAAGGACUUAAAAACUAUUCAACAGCAGCAGACAACACGCCUCCUCCUCGAUGGAUACAGUUGGAACCAGAGUUAGAGGAGGUGCUGGUGCCGCGUAAACUGUCAGUCAGCCCUUUGGAGAGCUGGCUGUCCAUGCGAUACUCCCUCCCUCCCCUGUUGGAAGCUCCGCAGCCGCUGGAGGAGGUUGAGCUGCUGGAAGAGAAGGUGCUGCCACCUAUAGCCGUCCCCAUCUUGGAGGAUGAAAUUGGUUCUGCCACACCUCUUCAGUGUAAGAACGUCCUGGAGAUUAGACGACGGAAGAUCAACCGGCACAAAUAUAGGAAGUUUCAAAAACGUAUUCGAUUCUUGAAGAAGAAAGUGCUGGAGGGCAGAGCAAGGAAGAAGCAGAAAAAGUUUGAACAGGAAGUGAAUAGGAUUUGGAGACGCGCCGGACUCAGGAAAGAACCUGAAGGAUGGAACAUCCCAAAAAUCUACAUUAAACACGGAAACAGAAAACAGUGACAGUCUCUUCAGAUUCUACUGAACGUCUCAGUAAAACAACUGUGUCUGAAACCGGCUGCUCUCUGCUCCCUGUACGUUUCUCUGUUUCUGACUGUUUCUUUGUGGAAAUGGUAGGUCUUUAUAAUGUAUAAUUAUCAACAAACGUCUGUAUAAAUCUAAUAAAGAGAUUUGUUGUCAGGCACAAA